AUUUUUAAAAAAACAUGCGGAUGUCUAUAACUAUGUCUCGGAGUAUUACAUACAAUGAACAUGAAACUCGUUUUUAAAAAUUAUGUUCGCCACUAGUUACAAAGGAAAGCAUUAUCACGGACUUUUGCAUGAGUAAAGUUAAUUAACUCCUUCAUUCUUCAUUUUUAUGAAUCGUGAAACGUUGUCUCCCCUUCUCUGCAGACACCAUGUACGCUUUGCGAUGAGGGGGUCUCUCGCUCAACGUAUUGUGUGGUCAAGAUGUAUUGUACCUCACUACUCACAGACAAUCAACGAACAGUUCCUAGUUCCCAAGACUACGCGGCGCUUCCAUCGGGCUGCUUCACCGACCUUACAUCGAGUAUAGACUAGGUUGUGCAGACUUCACAUCAUCUAAGCUUUCGUCGGGGCUGUAACUGUUGUGCGCUCUUAUUUACUACUUGUGUGGGUUGUUAAACAAACCUCAUUUCCUCUACAAAGAAUGCAGUCUUCUACAGUUACCAAAAAAAGUGUAGCUUAUGGACAACAGACUGAAGAGAACCGUCGCAGGCAGGAGAGGUUAGUCAAAUAUGAGGAAAAGGAUGAGUUUUCGGACAUCGUUCUGGUGGUAGAGGGCAAGAGGCUUCAUGUAAAUAAAACUCUGCUAAUGAUGCAUUCACCUGAGUUCAAGACAAUGUUCACGGCCUACUUCAGAGAAAAGGACUUACAAGAGAUUCCACUUCCAGAAAAAAAAGUGGAUUUAGUGGUGGAACUUUUGGACCAAAUCUAUCCCGGGUACACUACUGACAAAUUUCACGAUGAAACUCUGCGUGACCUUCUUCAACUCGCCGAUGAGUAUGGUGUGCAGCAGGUCUUUCACAACUGCCGAGCAUACUUCGACAGACGCAUAAAUUGCAAGAAUAAAAGCAUGAAGAUUGAUGAAAUUUUACUCUUCCUUGGGAUAGUCGAAGAGUGGAGCAAAAAAUACAAUCAACUAAGUUUGAUUAGAUCGGCUCUAAUUGAACAAGCAAGUCAAGUAAGCACGCAUUCUUUGAAAACAAGCGAAUAUUAUUCUUCUGUACCUGCUACAGCUCAAAGAGACAUCCUCAUGCGUCGUCUUGAGGGAUUCGAAAUACUCAACUCUGAGUAAGACCUAGAGUUAAACAAUUGACUAGUAUGAUUGAAACUACUGAUGACUUUUCAUUGUAAUCCUUUGUGAUGAGCUUUUGUGUCAGACACAUCUUACAAACACCCACAUACGGUUUUCUGUGAAACAUUUAGGACGAUUCAGAGUUCUGUGAGUCCAUCUCAGGAUUCAUGACGAUUACUUUUGUAACAAGAUCAUAACAUAUAUCGAUCGAUUAUUAUUAAUAUUCAUUAACUUGAAUAGGUUUAACUGUUUAUAUGUGAGAUUAGUUUGAUGUUACACGGGGUACAAUUAAUCUCAUUAGACUUCAUGCCAGCAGUCUACACAAAAGUUAUAUCGGACAUUCCUAUGAUAAACGAUAGCACAUGUUGGACAAUAUUUUAUAUUAACUGAAACUAUUUUGAUAGUAAAUAUAUUUUGAAAUUUCAUCUAUAGAUUCUGUGUAACAUCAGUUUAUAGAUAAACAGAUUUUGCUCCAAGGAACUUACUCUUGCACAGCACACUACACUUAGUAAAUGAAUUUCUAGCCAAAUAUGUGUUCAUUUCUAUUUUUCCAAAAUGUUUUACUGCACAGUAUUUAGCAACAUUGAAUGCUCGAAUUGCCAACUAUUAUGUUGCACUAACACUAAAUCUUAAGGAAGACAGCCUUUAUAUGAGUAGUUUGUGUAGUGGAAGUGAUCAAAGCGAUGUGUAGCUAUGUCUGAGAGUAAUAUACCGCAAGUAACACAUAAGUAAGUUUACAUUUGUUUUCAUUCUCAUUCAUUCUAAUAGCAAAUAAAGGUGAAUACUUAAC